UGAUCAAAAAAUUCAUUUUAUUCUUGGAUCUAAAAAUAAUGGCGGAGGAUAAGUACAAUCUGAAAAAUCCAGCGGUGAAGAGGAUUUUGCAGGAGGUCAAAGAGAUGCAUUCCAAUCCUUCCGAUGAUUUUAUGAGCCUACCUCUCGAGGAAAACAUAUUUGAAUGGCAAUUUGCAAUUAGGGGACCCCAAGAUUCGGAGUUUGAGGGAGGAAUAUAUCAUGGAAGGAUCCAGUUGCCUGCUGAAUAUCCUUUCAAGCCUCCUUCAUUUUUGCUGUUGACGCCAAAUGGUCGAUUUGAAACUCAAACCAAGAUAUGCUUGAGCAUUUCAAGUCAUCAUCCUGAGCACUGGCAACCAUCUUGGAGUGUCCGGACUGCUUUGGUAGCACUAAUUGCAUUUCUGCCCACCAACCCAAACGGUGCACUGGGAUCAUUGGACUAUCCAAAGGAAGUAAGGCGGUCUCUAGCAAUUAAAUCUCGUGAAGCUGGCCCAAAGUUUGGGUCUUCUGAACGCCAAAAGCUUAUUGACGAGAUUCACGAAUAUAUGCUAAGCAGGGUACCUGCAAUUCCUCAAGAAAACACUACAAAGGCUUCUGAAGUUCCAAAUGAUAACAAUGAGCGUGAAAAUCAAGAGAGUGCUCGAAAUGCAUCUCCCGAGAUCAUUGAGGCAGUAGAUGAUGGUAACGUUGAAGAAGCAAAUGAAACAUCUUCAAAUGGAAAUACUGUUCAGACAUCACAACCUGCACCUGUAGCGUACUCAACCGAGCAGCAGCUGGUGCAUAAGCCAGAAGCCGGACAUUCCAAGCUGGCUGAUGACCGCUUCUUCACAUUUGCAGCUGUUGGGCUUACCGUUGCCAUAGUUGUUCUUCUUUUGAAGAAGUUUAUGAAAGCUAACGGGUAUGGAACUGUCUUCAUGGAUGAGUCGUGAACCACGGUAAAUAGGAGUUGAAUAUGCAUAAAGGUAGUAGAUGUAAAAAAGUGGAAGGGAUAUUCAUACUCCAAAUUGCGUUGAGAACGAAAAAUUAUGUAAUCUAGGUUAUUCAGUAUCUUAUUUCAUUUUAAUUUCAAAACAUGGACACGUAUAUGUAUAACUUUCUUUUUUCGACUGAGAAAUAUUGUAGAGGAUGAAAAACGAUGUAUUCAUGAAGUACAAAAACUAAAGAUCUUAUAAUCACUUCUCACAA